GCCAUCUGGCCACACUGUUCUUUCGUCCACAAACAAACGCGCAAUUCUACCUGAUUGUUGAUAAGCAAUAAAAUCUAACUGCAUUGCGAUGACGGAAGUGCCGCCCAAAAAGCGCCAUGCCUGCGUCAUCGUACUGGGCGAUAUCGGGCGAAGUCCCCGUAUGCAGUAUCAUGCACAAAGCCUGCUGGAGGACAACUACCACGUGGACGUCAUCGGGUAUUUGGAAACACGUCCAUUGGAGACUCUCACGCAGCAUCCUUGCUGCAAAAUCCAGGAACUCACUCCGGUGCCGGUGACCAACCUCACCCCCAAAUUGCGAUUGCUGUUCAAGGCCUUCUGGCAAACCCUCAGCCUCUUGAUAGCUCUCAUCUCUAUACGGAGGCCCAGUUUUCUGCUUGUCCAAAAUCCGCCCGGCAUUCCCACGCUAAUCGUUUGUUACCUGUAUUGCACCCUGACACGAACGAAGUUUGUUAUUGAUUGGCACAACUAUACGUACACUGUUUUGGCCUUGGGCAUGUCCGGUGGAGAAAACAGUUUCCUUAUUCGUCUAGUACGGCGGCUGGAACGUUACUUUGGCUCCAAGGCGCAUACACAUUUCUGCGUCACGCGAGCUAUGAAGGAUGAUUUACAGGAGAAUUGGAAGAUCGGCCCUGUAACUGUGCUGUACGAUCGAGCCCCAACGCAGUUCCAUCCCAUAGAUCUGGUCCAGAAGCACGAGCUCUUCUUAAAGCUGGCCAACGAUUACCCGCAAUUUCAGUCAAAGGAUAGCAGUCAGUCGGAUGUGCUGGAGGCCACUUCCAUCACCCAAAAGCUUACAAACGGAACGGUGCAAUACAAGCCCCAGCGACCGGCUAUCCUGGUUUCGAGCACCAGUUGGACACCGGACGAGGAUUUUGGUAUCCUGCUAAAGGCGUUGCAGGCGUACGAGGAAACUGCUGUGGCGGAGCCUCUUGUAUAUCCGCAGCUACUGUGUAUAAUCACAGGAAAAGGGCCGCAAAAGGAACAUUAUGCGGAGGAGAUCGCCAGGCUGAAGUGGCAGAUGGUUUCGGUGAUCACGCCCUGGCUGGAGAUUGAAGAUUAUCCCAGCGUUCUGGCAAGCGCCGAUCUUGGCGUCUGCUUGCAUUGGAGCACUAGCGGCCUUGAUCUUCCCAUGAAAGUGGUAGACAUGUUUGGCAGUGGUUUGCCUGUCUGUGCUUAUGAUUUCAAGUGUUUGAACGAGCUGGUGAAGCACGGAGAGAAUGGCUUUGUAUUUGGGGACCACAUUCAGCUGGCAGAGCAACUGCGUAUCUGGUUCGAGCAUUUUCCAAAAAACCCAAGCAUUCUAGAGACCCGAACCGGCUUUCAACGAAGUCUGCAGCAGUUCCAGGAACUUCGCUGGCGGGAAAGCUGGAGCCACACCGUGGCGCCCAUUCUAGAGGCAUUUCUCUAAGGCAUUUCAUGUUGUUUAUUUAACAAAAGUUAUGACAAUUACACGCUAAGACAGACUUAUUUCAA